AUGUUGAUUCUCAUCAAGGAGUACGCAUGCAGUGUGGACAUGCAGGAGAUCACGGGUGUGGGCCGUGUGGCCGAACUUCAUAGGAUGGACAUUGGUUUCUCCGGCUUUUUCUUAUGGAAUCCGGCAAUUGCAGAAUCUAAGGUUGUUCCUCAUCCCAAACUCCCUAAAUCUCCUGCCCAUCUUGCAAUAAAACCUUCUCCAGCCAACCCUAUUGCCAGAUAUGCAUUUGGUCAUGAUCACAAUUCUAAUGACUAUAAGGUGCUUGGAAUUGUCAAUUAUAAGGGUGCAUCUGAGAGAAACCAACAAAGCCGCAAUCUUGUUCAUGUCUACUCCCUAAGUACAGGUUCCUGGAGGCAAAUAACGAACACUCCUAUUGAUCAUUCAAACAUUAUAAUACCAGAUUUUUUAAAAUUUGCAUACUUAAAUGGAGUUCAUCAUUGGUGUGGUUCCAUCUUUGUCACUGACGACGAUGGAAAUCGUUUUAUGGAAACGCUUGCUUUGUUAGAUGAUUGCCUUGCUUUUAUUGUUAACCGUACCAUACCAAAGAAAUACUUCAAUAUAUGGGUGAUGCGUGAAUAUGGGGUCGAGGAUUCUUGGACCAAACAACUGGUUGUAGGACCCCUCGAAGGAAUUCAGAAACCACUAGGAUUUGUGAAGAAUGAAGAGCUUAUUCUACUUUGUGACGAUGAAGAUCAAACAAUAGCCUUGUAUAACACUGGUUCUCAAGAAAUUAAGAAUUUUCAACAUUCAGGGCUUCCAAACUCAUUUCGCUCACUCCAUGCUCGGCUCUAUGUGGAGAGCCUAGUUUCAUUAAAUGGUGGAAAUGUGUUUUAG